UCGUGUUGUUGUUUUCAUUUGAAAAACAAAUCCGACCGCUUGCUAUUGACGGCUAAAAUAGAAAAAAAUCGUAUUUUCUUUUGCGAAAAACAUGGAUGUACAGAAGCCAGACCACGAGGACGAUGCGUUGGCAUUGCUCGCGUUAAAAUCUGGGGUCAACAGUAACGAGAAGGCAGUAUGGUCGCCUGUGAGCCAAGUCAAACCUAUCGCAAAGCUGGAAGGUCGCGAGUUCGAAUAUCUCGUCCGCCAAAAUCGUAUUUCUAUCGGUAGAAACAGCAGUUUGGGAAAUGUGGAUGUCAACAUGGGUCAUUCGAGCUUUGUUUCGCGAAGGCAUCUUGAAAUUACGUUUGAUUCCAAGAGCUUCUUCCUGAAAUGCAACGGGAAAAAUGGUGUUUUCGUGGACGGCACGUUUUUUCGCCGUGGUAACUCGCCUCUUAAGCUGCCAACAACGUGUGUGCUACGAUUUCCCUCGACUAACGUAAAAAUCUGGUUCACCUCGUUAUUGGAUGAAAACGUUCCUCGGCGAGUGCCAAGUCCUCCAAAGAAGGCAGCUAAACCUUCGCUCAAAAUCAAAAUUCCCGACGCUAAAUCUACUCCAAAUUCUCCGGUUCCCUCUCCGACGGAAACGAUAAGUGUUCCCAACUCAUGCCCAACUAGUCCUGGAACAGGAAACAGUGUAAGCACAACACCAAGUUUUCUGGAAGAAACCACAGAGGUCAUUGAGGAACAGCCUAGCACACCAAAGAACGAGAAAAAAGACAACAACUCGUCUGGUAAAGAGGAUGGAAAACCACCAUACUCCUAUGCUCAGCUGAUCGUUCAAGCUAUUCUCUCUGCCAUGGAUAAGCAGUUAACUCUCAGCGGCAUCUAUAAUCAUAUCACAAAGAAUUAUCCGUACUAUCGAUCGGCUGACAAGGGUUGGCAGAAUUCGAUACGGCACAACCUGUCGUUGAAUAGGUACUUUGUAAAAGUGCCCCGAGCACAAGACGAACCCGGCAAAGGGUCUUUUUGGAGAAUUGAUCCAAGCUGCGAACCGAAGUUGGCGGAACAAGCUUUUAGAAAGAGGAGGCAGCGAGGCGUACCUUGUUUUAGAUAUCCAUUUGGAACGCUAUCAUCAAGGUCUGCACCAGCUUCGCCAACUCAUGGCCUACAAUAUCCUACCAUGCCUAGCAAAUCAACCAAUCAGACGGCUGUGGUCACCACAGAAGUCCUCCAACCACCCUCCUUACCCAACACCCCGAUGACCACCCUCAUCACCCAAACCCCCGGUGGCAACCUGUCGUACACAGGUGUACCCCAUGUGCAGCAUCUCCUUCCAACCGUCAGCUCACCCGGGGGCAAAAUCCAAACAGUCACCCUGCAACCCUCCGGGAUACCAGUGGUACCGGUGAAACAAGAGGUGAUGAGGGUCCCCACCUCUGAUAAGGUGAUAGUCCAGAAUGCAGAGACUCUGGUCAAAGUUACCAACAAAACUCCCAUGUCGGCAGCAAUGCAAACACUUCAAAAAUUAGCGCCUGUUUCGACUGCUGUUCUUCCUGGCUCAGUAGGGCUUCUAACCCCGGUGCAAACCCCCACCGCCCUGUCCUCCGUCGCCGCCGUUACAACGGACCAGCAGCAGCGACCCAACAAACUUCAAAUUCGUCCACCGCCUCCCGAGACCACCCUAACCCCGGAGACCUCGCCCCUCGGUGUACUUUCGCCGGCCGCUACAAACGCAGCCGUAAGCCUGGUAAUGAAUAGCGUGAAACGACCAUUUGGCAUGGGAAACCUGCCGGAUAUCUCCGAGGAGGAGCCGAUCAUGAAACGAUACAGGGAGAGCUCGGAGAAUGGCAUUUUGAAAGAUGAAUUAAACGGCCAGCAGCCUAAUGAUAAUGGCGCGUCGUAACUAGAGAAUUACUCUUUAAAAGACAUUGUCGAUCAAAUUUGGGCUUAGUUGCGAAAGAACUUGUCCGAAAGCAAUAAAGACUUGAAUGUCUCUCUAAUUCUCGCUUUUUUGAACGUCAAAAGAGGUAAUUCUAGCUUUUUCCAAAGAGCGAAAAGUCAAUUAAACGGACACUCAAAAUUCUACUACACUUCUCUUAGCUUAGAAGCUUAGAUUUUACUUUCGAACCCUCGAGCUUGUUGAGACAUUUUAAAGAUUUUUUCGUCUUUUUUCACUACACGAAACAGCUUUACAAGUACGAGUUCCUUCAAAGGAACAUUGCGACGCUAAAGUUUAUCGGCAAUGUCUUUUAAAGGAUAUAUGUUCACUUUUUUAACCACCAAAUAAGAGGACGCGUCGAAUUCUGCUAAAGUCUUUGCUCGACAGAAAGCUUUUACUGCUCAGAAAAAGAACAACGAAUCUCGCAGCGACAGAUCUCUUUAAUAUAGCUGGACUGUAAAAAACGGCGAAAUUAUACGAAAUUGUAGCCCACGAAAUGGUUAAUCACGAUUCUGAUGGAGUGUCGCAAUUAAUGGAAUGGCAAAUGAAACGAACCAUAUUCAAACAUUCUUCGUAUAAUUCCAAGAAUCGAAGAGCCGGGAGCAAGCAGUGUAUAUGUUGCUUUUUUUCAAAACAAUUUCUCCGUGUUUUUAUUAAAUAAUUAUUUCACCCGGCUGUGAUAAUUGCAUAACGGAUUUCUCCUGACUCGUAAUGGAGGAAGUCCUGAAGUAUAUUUAGUAAUUUAUUGUGAAAAGUUACCAUGGAAUAGAAACUAUAACUAUCUCUUAGAUCAUUGUAGAUGUAUUUCUUAUAAUAUGUAAGCGUUGAGCUUCUAAAGCUGUUGUAUUGUUGAGAACGAAGAAAAAUAAAUUUAUUGA